AUGGUCGAAUCCAAGUGCAUCCAUGUCGAUAAAGCCCAAGCCGCCGCGGAACGAGAUCCCGUGACAGGUCAAUACCCACGAUUGGCCAACGAUCAUUGGCAGGCCCUCAUUGCGCUGCACCGGACCCUCUUGCACGAGCACCAUGACUUUUUCCUAGCCUCUCAGCAUCCCUCUGGAAGCCCCGCACUUCGUCGUCUGGCUGCAAAGUAUUCCAUGCCGGCCCGCAUGUGGAAGCACGGAAUCCACUCAUUUUUGGAACUGCUGCGCCACCGCCUGCCCGAGUCUUUGGAUUAUAUGCUUGCAUUUAUCUAUUUGGCUUAUCAGAUGAUGAGUCUCUUAUACGAGACCGUGCCUGCCUUUGAGGACACCUGGAUUGAAUGUCUUGGAGACCUCGGCAGGUAUCGCAUGGCUAUAGAAGACGAAGAUCUCCGGGAUCGCGAAACCUGGGCAGGCGUCGCUCGUUUCUGGUAUAGCAAAGCUGCUGACAAGAGUCCUUCUGUGGGCCGUCUGUACCAUCAUCUCGCGAUUCUCGCGCGGCCUAAUGCUCUUCAGCAGCUGUAUUAUUAUUCCCGUUCUCUGGCUUGCGUGCAGCCUUUUAUGAGCGCGCGCGAGUCCAUUCUUACCUUGUUCGACCCUAUUCUCGGACGUACGAACACGUCCUACUCACAUUCCGCGCCUGUAGAAACUAGUUUUAUACGCUGCCAUGGAAUUCUCUUCGAGAAGAACGACAAGGCAGUGUUCGACAGCAACCUCGCAGAUUUCACGCAACAACUGGACAGCUCCAUUGGACGCGUCACCUUGAAAUGGAAAGAGCAGGGUGCUUACAUGGCUAUUGCGAACAUCGCUAGCUUGUUUGAUUACGGCAGCGAAAGUAAUCUGCUGCGUCGCGCGUUUGGGACGCAGCUGCAAAUUAAGACCAAACUCGAGGCAAGGGACGGUGAGGGUGAGGCACCGGUUCAACCCGUCUUGCCAAACUUAAUGCAGGCCCCGGAUGACAUGUCUAUUAGCUUGACUUCAUCCACCCUCGCCCUGGCCUGCCAACUAACAUUCGAUACCCUACACAUUGUUCUUCGGCGUUUCGGCGAUAAAAACGUACUCACCCAUUUCCAUAUCCUCCUUGCUUUCCUUGAUACGUCUUCCAUUUUCCAAUACGUCGCAUGGGAGGAGUUGAGUUUCUUUCUCAAUACGUUAGCCAAGACAGAGUCGGGCACUCAGAUUGAAUCUGCAUCUGCCGGGUUUCUGCACGAGGGGCAAGAGGAUAGCCGGCCGCUGCCCGAGGACUAUCUCAUCAGAGGCCAGCUGUGGGCUCACGCUUAUUUCCCCGCCAACUGGUUCGAGCGGGGGCACGACGAGGAGGAGCGGAUGCUCGAGGUUGCCUCGACCAUCCAAUCCAGGACCGAACGCGUGCUGUGGCUCGGCGUUCGUCUCGCAGAGACGUGGAGCGCAAGCAUCGUCCAAGCAGACGAGGCAGAUGAGAGCGACGACGAGAUGGACAUUGUGGAGCGCGAGGACUUUGCAGACAUGCCCAUGGCCGAAACACCCGCCACCGAAUACGACGACUCGCCGGAGAUGAAGCAGCUCACGGCGGGCGGCGCGGCGUCCCCGACGCAGGCGGCAUCUCACAUGUUUCGACCAGAUAUCACAGUCAGUGCUCCAAUCCCACACCUCACUUCGCCUCGUUAA